AUGAAAUCUUGCUCUGAUGAUGUCUGUCACGAUGGUACAGACGAACACUCAGCACACUUUCAUCGUGGUCGCAGGACGGUGAGCCGAGGACUUCUUCGCACAAAUCAACAGUCUUCCUUACGCGACAAUCCUCCUUCGGUUUCUGGUGAGACCACAUCACCAAUUCCUCCCAACCAACUUUCCCUUCGAAAAGGAGAAAAUGGUCCAAUCUCUGAUGAUGUUCUUCACAUGAAAACGAAAGCUCAUCUCGUCUUCGCCCAUAACAUUGGAGGAUAUCUCGUGUGCUGCCUCAACCUGAACGAGAUAAUAAUGCUGAAUGGCGGCAGCACAACACGAAUCGGCCGACGUCUUCUGGUGAGAUUGACCUACGAGUCUCUUCAUCAUAUACUUCCAUACGAAGCGUUAUCACUCUGA